UAUCUCAAUUCCUGCGAAGGGUUCGUCGCUCGACCCAGCAUCCAAGUCUCCUUCCGAGCGCUCGCGAUCCUGCGGCCGCCGCAUCGAACCAGGAACUGGUCAGUCCACCCAAGAAAACGGUAUCAAGUGAGGUCCAUCCGCAAAACACUUUCGAUCUCGAGACAGCAGAACUAGAGCAAUAUCUUGUAUAAGCCGCUAGAUAUCGAGAGCUGCGGACCAGUGCUCAGUCGGACGUCGGUGGGAACGCACGCUUAGCGCUUUUCGCGAUCCUGCACACGUGUGUACCAUCAGAGUACCAUCGGACCAUGAGAUGGUAGUGCGUCUUGUGCCGGCGUCGGAUUCUCGCAGUGACUAAAGUGUCGGAUUUUCAGUGAGUGGAGAUGGGAUUUGUGCUCCUGCUGAAAUUUUGAAAAGUGUUUGUGAAUACGUACGGAGUAAGACGGACCCUCCGAAUUCCCAUGAGUGUGGUAGACACGGGCCUCCCUUGGCUUCGGUACUUGCCCCCGCUGCCCCUCAGCCUGCCGCUCACCAUGCGCGAAAAGGACUCCUCCCCCCGCAAGAUGCUGGUGGCCUCCGGCGGCCACAGCUCGCCCAAGCAGGCCGCCGUCUACCCGCUGUCCGUGCGAGUUCCUCCGGGGGACGAGAUGCCCUUCGACCUGUCCCGCAACACCCGGUCCCCGGGCCCCCACAUGUCGCCCGCCGGGCGGCCGCCCCCGGGCCCCCAGGACGGUGACGAUCAGCCCCUCGACUUGCGCGUCGAGCACAAGAAGCUGUCGCUCAUGAUCAUCCGGAGGCAGGUGGAGGACGAGAACCGCAACCUGAUCUCGCCCGCCGUGAGCGUGAGCAGCGACAAGGACGACGUCAUCGUGGACGAGGGCGGCGCCGCGGCCAAGGCGUUCAGCCCGCAGAUCCCCGGCUACCCGGGCAUGCUGUUCCCGCCGCAGCCCAUCCACCCCAUGAUGCUCGAGGCCAUGUACCGGGCGCAGGGCGAGAAGGUGCCGCGGCUGCCCAUCCCGUAUCCCAGCUCGCCGCCCGGCUACCACCAGCGGUACCCGUUCCUGAGCCCGUCCAUGCUCAGUCCCCCGGUGAACCAAGUUCCUUUCGACAUGCUGAGGACGAGCGCUCCUCAGGCGCCCAAAGUCUUCGACGCCGCCGGCGGCAAGAUGAAGGACAGGUACGCUUGUAAGUUCUGUGGUAAAGUUUUCCCGAGGUCGGCGAAUCUGACGCGGCAUUUGAGGACGCACACGGGGGAGCAGCCCUACAAGUGCCGGUACUGUGAGCGCUCGUUUAGUAUCUCGAGUAAUCUUCAGAGACACGUGAGGAACAUUCAUAACAAGGAGAAGCCGUUCAAGUGUCCGUUGUGCGAGCGGUGUUUCGGGCAGCAGACGAACCUCGACAGACAUUUGAAGAAGCACGAGGCCGACGGGCCGACGAUACUCGACGAACGCAACCUCCAGAGACGGACCAUGACGCCGAGGAACAUGAGCGAGGAGUCGUACUUCGAGGAGAUCCGGUCGUUCAUGGGCAAGGUGACCGACGGGCGGUUGCUGCAGCACCUGCAGCCCCCCAAGCAGAUGGCGAACUUCCCGAUCGCGCUGCCGCCGAAGCUGUUCGACGGGCAGGGCCAGGAGAAGCCGACGAGUCCCGACGACGCCAAAAGAGACUCCUCCUACUUCUCGGACAAGGACAACUUCUCGUCGCGGUCGUCGAGCAGCUCGGAGAAGGACGACGAAGACAAGAACCAGGACAAGAGCGAGGAGUGCGCGAAGAUGGACGAAGACAUCAGCAACAACAACACAUGAUCGACGGUAAAAUUGUGAUACGCGUUUGUGUCCGGUUCGGCCGGCGCAUCCGUUCGAUUUUGGUACAAAUGAAAGUGAACCGAAUCAAAUUGUAAUUUAUCGAUUAAAGCGGUGCCAAUUGACGAUCAAGUCCGACGGCACUCCCGAAGAAAGCUCACGUGGUUCGCCACUCAGAUUGUGAUUAUACGUAUUACAAAACCAAAUUGUUGUUCACAUUCUCGCUCACACUUAAUGAGGAGUUUAUUCUCGAAUCGAUUACGCAAUCGCCGCGUUCAGAGAGACCAAUUAAAUCAAAAGAAGAUGCCGUAUUUUAUGCGGACUUUUAUAUCCUAAUUUGUUUUGGGGGCACCGCCCGACCGACGUUUCUAAAUUUACGAACGACCAUUUUCUCGCAGUGUACCUAUGUGUCGCGACGCGAAAAUCGAAUCCUUAUGGCCUCGUUCGCUUUUCCAAAAACCGACCAGGAAGUGUCCCAACGCCACCACACACACAAGAAUCCGAAACCUGCAACACCAGUCUUAAUUAAGAACGGAAAUCGACGCGAAUUAACCAUAAACGUAGGCAAUUAAGAGUGAUAGUUGAGACACAAAUUACCCGUUUCGUAUAUUUUAAAGUAAAUCGCGUCGUUUUCCUAAUUGAAUCAUAGAAGAAAGUUCGGUACGACUUUCCAGAAAAACCUUUUUUUCCUCGCUCGCAACCAGUUAUUGGAAAGAUGCGUAUCGGAUGGGAACGGAUGUCAAGAGCGCUUCACAAUGUAAAAGCGGCUCAUAUAUUCCAUAAAUUUUAGAGUUUUUUGCGAAUCGCAGCGAUUUAUGGGUGGAAAAUAUGGAGUUAUGGUCAUACCGUGGAAGUAACGUUACGCAGCGGACGAUAACGAUUAUUCCAGUACGGCCCUGGAGCGUUCUAAUCUACAAUAAUCUAAGACAUGUUCCUCGUGUUGCUACAACAAUUCAGAAUCGAGAUAAUGGCUUUAAUCAAAUAAAUGUCUAUAUUUAUGGCUUUGGGCGAAAACAUGUUGUGUUUUCAACGGUUCUUCUUCGAUUUAGAAAUAGUGCAGUGGCGUAACAGAGCUCGAGGGCCACAUCUCCACAAAAAUGAGGGCAAGGCUCGGACUUUUAAUUAUCGGGCAAAAAUUUGCACCAAGUUCACUUCGUCGCCUUGCCUGCGGUCGACUUUUUUCCGAAGCUCUCUUUGUCUUCGCGACUUUCACACAAUUCAUUUUUCGCUAAUGAAUAUUGAUGACCCGCGAACUAAUCUCCGGAUUGCCCAAUUUCCCGGGCCCACCUCUCGAAUCCAUCACCAUCCAGCGCUUUUUUCGCUGCAGCGCGACCAUCUGCUCCUGCAUUUUGCAUGAGGUCAUCUCGAGAUUAGUACCUCGGAGUAAAAUAAAAUUCAAACUAGUUCAGUUUCUUCUCGGCAAGGAAGUGGGUGGAACUAACAGCGUCCAAGCCCGAAGGCAUCUCUUUAACUGACUCCGUAAACGAUACGCUCGCGAGAUUUAACAUAGAUAAAUCCGUUUUGAAAGAAUAACAGGCUGCUUUACGCCGGACAAUAAAUUAUGCGGAACGGUACCGGUGCGGGCUAGGGUGGAGCUAGAUGGACAUGUGCGAAGAGAUGGGAGAUUUUUAUCAAGGCGGUGUUAAGUGAAUUUGGCGGCGGGAAGAGCCGUUAGACGGGCUUUGAUUUAGAGACGGCGAUGCAUAAAAUCUUUCUUGGGAGAACGGCUAGAGCUUUUUUUAAUUAGCGGCGUUUUUGGUGAUUGCGUCUGUGCUUUUUCACUCUUUUCCUUUCCCCAGUGAGGUCAGUCGACUUAGACACCACAAAAUUCUGUCAUCUCCUCUCCUUUCACACGCUUCUCACAACACACAAACCGUUUAACGACCAUCUCACACUCUUUAACGUCCUCAUCAACGCAUUAUCCGCUACUGUGCCAUCCAGCCCGUCAUCAUCUCUGUAAUUGCUUCCAGACGCUACUAAUGACACAUCGACUACACAACAAUCUAUUAUUUGUUUAACCUUUCGCCACGACACCGAUUCAUGUCAUCAUCUAUUACGCAUGAUCGAUAUUAACACAUGCCAGAAAAAUCCAUCGACAUGGGUACCAUACCUACCAUGGCAUUCUAAUUUAAUUGUGAAUGUUGUUUUCGCACAAUACCAUCAUUCAUUGCUGUCGUUUGAACUAAUAUGUUGGAGCUGAUUUUCCUGCAGCAUCAUUCGUCAUGGAUCGAGAUUUGCAUAAAAAUUCUAGCGGAGAUUACACGUGGUUGGAAGGUGAUCAUUAAUUAUGGGUUUGGUGUUGGAGGUGUUGGGGAUUUUGUGUCUUCUAAUUGAAAAAUGUUUACUAUAUGUUUUCAUCUUUUACUCAUUUCUUUUUUCUUUCUUACUGUUAAAAAAAUAUUCUUAUAAUUUAUUUUGCAUUAUAAAUCUGGCUACUUUCUGGUAACUUUGUACAUCUUUUUCUUUCUUUUCUUCAUUCUUUUUCAUCUUUAUUGCUUUGAGCUUUUGAUCUUCUUAUCAUUUUUGUACAACUGAAGCAAAUAUCAAAAUUUGAAACAUACUAAAGUGGAAAAAAAGAUAACCAUAAUAUUUUAAUGUCUUAUUUCAAUGUGUGGUGUCAAAAAUUGCCAUUUCGUAAAGCGAAAAAAGCUCACUACAUUGUGGAAAUUGAUUAAAAUUGUAUGAAAAGGUCGAGAGUUCUGUGAAUUAAUUUCCUCAAAAAAUUUUAAACAAAAGAAAAUUUUGAAUGUUCCUUCUGAGAAAAAAGUAGAAACUGAAAUGUUUUCUUCAUUUUAGCCUGCCACUGAAAAACAUGUACUGAAAAAUAUAAAAACUCUGAAAAUACAA